AUGGCGGACCAAGAGGAGACUUUAGGCCUCCAAAACUCUCCUGGUGGUUCGGAUUCGAGGGAAGUAGGCCUGCAGAACGACAGUAAAUCAGAGAAACAGAACGGGACCUCAAGCAAAUCCCCUUCUUCACAGACGACUUACAUCCAGCAGGGAAUGGAGGGAAUAAAAGUCUACCUGCAUGAGAGGGAACUGUGGAUGAAGUUUCACGAGGUGGGGACGGAGAUGAUCAUCACCAAAGCUGGAAGGCGAAUGUUCCCCAGCUUUAAAGUGAAAGUCACGGGACUAAACCCCAAAACCAAAUACAUUCUCCUGAUGGAUGUUGUUCCUGCGGACGACCAUCGAUAUAAAUUCGCCGACAAUAAAUGGUCUGUGACCGGGAAGGCAGAGCCCGCCAUGCCGGGGAGGCUCUACGUUCACCCGGACUCUCCGGCCACGGGGGCGCACUGGAUGAGGCAGCUCGUCUCCUUCCAGAAGCUGAAACUGACCAACAACCACCUGGAUCCGUUCGGACACAUCAUCCUAAAUUCGAUGCACAAGUAUCAGCCGAGGAUCCACAUUGUGAAGGCGGAUGAAAACAACGGCUUUGGCUCCAAAAACACGGCCUUCUGCACUCACGUCUUCCCCGAAACAGCCUUCAUUGCGGUGACGUCCUAUCAGAACCAUAAAAUAACCCAGCUGAAGAUUGAGAACAACCCGUUUGCAAAAGGCUUUCGUGGAAGUGAUGACAUGGAAUUGCACCGGAUGUCCAGAAUGCAAAGUACCAAGGAGUAUCCGGUAGUGCCUCGCAGCACAGUGCGACAAAGAGUGGGUUCCAACCAUAGCCCGUUCAGUGGGGAGGUCCAGGGAAUGGGCACCCAGAGCGUCCUGAGCUCCCAGUAUUUGCAGUGUGAGAAUGGGGUCACAAGCACCUCUCAGGACAUGUUGCCUCAGUCAGGCUCCUACCCCGUGCCACAAGAGCACAGCCAGGAGUACCACUGCAUUAAGAGGAAGGUGGAGGAUGACUGUCACCCAGGUGAGCAUAGCUAUAAGAAGACCUAUCUGGAGAGCUCGUCCAGUGAGGAGGAUCAUUACUACCGCUCUGCCGGCUACGCCCAGAGUCUCGGCCUUGGUGCCCCCUACCGCAGUGAAUCCAGCCAGCGACAGGCCUGUAUGUAUGCCAGUGCCUCGCAGGGCGCUGAGCCUGUUCCCAGUUUGGAAGACAUCAGCUGUAACACUUGGGCCAGUGUCUCACCCUACGGGAGUUGCUCUGUUGCCACCAUGCAGCCAUUGGAGCGGCUGCCCUACCAGCACCUCUCCACUCACUUCUCCUCAGGGUCUCUGGUUUCCAGACUUGGCCACGCCUCACCACAGCUUGGUGACGGCCACCACGCGGCCAUGUACCAGAGCUCCAUGACCCACCAGAGUCUGGGCCACCAGUGCAGUCCUGGCUCUGGGAUCCAGUCACCAACAACCAGCCUACAGGGAAACGAGUACCUCUAUACACACAGCAUCCCACGUACUCUCUCACCACACCAGUACCACACUGUGCACAGUAUCAGCAUCAUGCCAGAGUGGAAUGAGAACAGCUAA